CUAGCCAACAAUUGCAUUCCUGAUCAUCUUGCUGAUGCUACCCACUUAGAGAAAAAUGCAAGUCUAUCAUCGAGCUGGAUAGAUGCCACAUUAUUAUUCUUACUGGAUGGCUUUCAGAAAUGGGAUGCUGUUCAUUAUACCCAUAUUGCUGCUCAUGGCUAUAACCAUCCUCGUCUGUUAGCUUUUCAACCUCUCUUACCAUGGCUAUUGCGCCAGUUCGAUUUAUGGGCAAUAUCCCCUAUUUUAGGAAAUUUAGUCCAUACCUAUACCAGGAUUUUAUUGAUAGGAACGACAUUUAAUAUCUCAGCUUUUGCUAUAUCUGCCAUUCUCCUAUACAAGUUAAGUUAUAAAGUAUUGCAAAAUCAAAUUCUAGCGAUCGUAAGUGUCACCAUGUACUGCAUUAACCCUGCCAGUAUUUUCAUGUCAUCUCUUUAUACGGAGUCGUUGUAUGCUUGCUGUAGUUUCGGGGGAAUGCUAUGUUGGCAAUAUCCAACGAAUUUAACUGGCUAUUUACUCGGUACAUUGGCUUUUACACUUGCUGUAGCUGUACGUUCCAAUGGAAUGGUCCUCAUUGGAUUUGUUGGAUAUACAUUACUACUUUAUCGACUAAAAACAGCCAGUAGUGGCAGACUAUUCUUGUUUGAAAUUAUCUACUACGCUUGUCAAACGAUAGUAUUAUUACUUCCUUUCGCUAUCGCUAUAUUAUCGCCGUUUUACAUGUUUCAAUCUUACGGUAUGAGAAAAUUCUGCAAUAGUAGUCAUCAAGUUGAGCCAUUGCCUUGGUGUAAUAAAGAUUUGUCGAUACCUUAUUGGGAAGUGCAGAGGAAAUAUUGGAAUGUCGGUUUCCUUCGUUAUUAUCAGCUCAAACAAAUACCUAAUUUUAUUUUAGCAGCCCCAAUGGUAACGUUAUGUAUAUUUGCUAUUCGAAAAUAUCUCCAUUGUUGGAAUUCCUUAUAUGCAUCCUUUCUCGCUUCUAGCCAGUUGCCAAUUACCUUCGGUAAUCCUGCCAUGUUUGUCUACAUAAUCCAUGUACUAUUUUUAACGAUUUUUGGCCUUACUAGUAUGCACGUACAGGUAAUUACAAGGCUGAUUGCAUCAUCAUCGCCUGUGAUAUAUUGGUUUACUGCAUAUAGUAUUAUUCAAGGAAUUAAACAUCGAUCGAAAGAUCCUUCAGGAAGACUUGCAGUAAUUUAUUUUCUUACAUAUUCCAUCAUCGGGACAGUAGUACACAGUAAUUUCUAUCCUUGGACGUGA